AUGGCGUCAAAGCAACAAAGCCGAGAGGAGCUUGAUGAGAAGGCCAGGCAUGGAGAGACCGUCGUCCCAGGUGGCACCGGCGGCAAAAGCGUCGAAGCUCAAGAGCAUCUAGCUGAAGGAAGGAGCAAGGGAGGGCAGACGAGGAGGGAGCAGCUAGGUCACGAGGGGUAUCAGGAGAUGGGACACAAGGGAGGAGAGACGAGGAAAGAGCAGUUAGGUCACGAGGGUUAUCAAGAAAUCGGACGCAAAGGAGGAGAGGCAAGGAAGGAGCAGCUGGGGACUGAGGGUUACAAGGAGAUGGGCCACAAGGGAGGAGAGACGAGGAAGGAGCAGUUAGGUCACGAGGGUUAUCAGGAGAUGGGACACAAAGGAGGAGAGGCUAGGAAGGAGCAGUUGGGACACGAAGGUUAUCAGGAGAUGGGACACAAGGGAGGAGAGGCAAGAAAAGAGCAGUUGGGACACGAGGGUUAUCAAGAGAUGGGACACAAAGGAGGAGAGGCUAGGAAGGAGCAGUUAGGGCACGAGGGUUACAAGGAGAUGGGACGUAAAGGAGGACUCAGUACUAAGGACAAAUCUGGUGGAGAGCGUGCGGAGGAAGAAGGGAUUGAGAUAGAUGAGUCCAAGUUCACUAACAAGUGA